GGAGCGUGAGGCUGCUCAGUUGCAGAACCCAAGGGCAAAGGCUGAAGCCGGAGCUAGAGAGCAGGAUGCUGAGCCCUACGGCGGCUGCCUUAAGGAUUUAAGCGGCAAUGCGGAAGCCACUGACGGCUUUCAGGCUGGAGGGUGGUGAUGACACGAUCAGAUUUUCAUUCUGAAAAUGUCACUGUGAGGCAAACCGAUCGGGGAGACCUAGUGAAUGCAGUUAAGAAAUUAAACAGGACCUGCAAGGCCGAGUCCAGGCUGCCGGAGGCGGGGGAGGAGGUUUCGGCGCUCGGACCUGCGAGCGGCUCCGCAAGAAACCCAACAGGCCCACGUGGGCCAGGCCGCCCCGCCCCGCCGUGCUGACGCCGCCCGACUCCGCAGUCAGGGCCUGGGCUGGGCGCAGAGCCCGGAAACCCGCACCCCACGCCCCGACCCGCGGGGACGCCCAGGCCAAGGGACCACCUCCCCAGCCCCGAGGGAGCAGCUCCCGCCGCGGAGACCUAGCUACCGGAGCCAGCCGGGCGGGGCGGCGCCUCCAAGGCAACCAGAUGUUCGCCAUCCAGCCAGGGGUUGCUGAGGGGGCUCAGUUCCUGGGGGGCCCACCUCCUGGAGUAUGUCCACCCAAACUUCAACCAGACAGCAACUCCAACUUCAUGACGAGUGCCAAGGAUGCCAAUGAGAAUUGGCAUGGGAUGCCAGGCCAAGUGGAGCCCGUACUAAUGAGGAGCUCCUCUGAGUUGCCCUCUGACAACCAGGAUUUCCAGGCUCCUGGACUCCCUGAGGGGGAGAUCCGCAGCCCCCCGGAGGGGGCAGAGAUUCCUGGAGCUGGGCCUGAGAAGACGGGCGGUGCCAGCACAGUCUGCUCCCCGCUGGAGGACAAUGGCUAUGCCAGCAGCUCCCUGAGUGUUGACAGCCCUAGCCGCAGCCCUGAGUCUGCCUGCGGGACCCCUCCCGGCCCUCCAGACCACCGUCUGCCCUCGGUGGCCCAGGCCGUGCAGCAGCUGCAGGCUCAGGAGCGCUACAAAGAGCAGGAGAAGGAGAAGCACCACGUGCACUUGGUGAUGUACCGUCGCCUGGCCCUGCUCCAGUGGAUCCGGGGCCUGCAGCACCAGUUGGUUGACCAGCAGGCCCGUCUGCAGGAGAGCUUUGACACCAUUCUAGAUAACCGGAAGGAGCUUAUCCGCUGUCUACAACAGAGGGCAGUACCAUCCAGGCCCCAGGACCAAGACUAAAGGUGUCUCUGUACAGGGGUGUGAGGGUUUAUGUAUAUAUUUGCAGACAUGUGUGUGGUUAUGCACAAGCAAGUACAGAUCAUUUGCUGGCAUAAGUGCAGGGAAGCAUAAGUGAGUGUGUCAGUGCUAACAUGUAGGCACAUGUGCACAGGCCACAUGUGAAUCUGCACCUGUGCAUCAGUAUGUGUGCUUGUGGACACACAAGCCUAUGUGUGACCAUGUACAUAUGUGUAUGUAUAGUAUUUAUGUUGUUGUUGUUUAGUUGCUAAGUGGUGUCCUACUUUUUUGUGACCCUGUGGACUGUAGCAUACCAGGCUCCUGUGUCCAUGGAUUUCCCAGGUAA